ACACUCAUAUCAUGAGAGGGAGAGAGCAAAACAGAGAGAGCAAUAGAGGAGGCAAGAGCACCUUCAGGCAGGAGGAAGGAGGGAGAAGGAAAAAUAGGAAAAUCCUGUCUGUGCUGCUAAAGCUGUUUACAUCCUAGGUUUCUGAAGACAAGGAGGGGCUGUGACUGAGGUGAGAGUGCUGCUGUAGCUGGGUCCAGUUCUAAGGAUGCCCGGGGUGUAAGUGAGGUUCUAUAGCAGUUCCACAGCACCACCAGGCAGGAACCAACACUGGGAUGCAGAACCUACGACAUGUAGCCACGGAGGCUUUCCAUCGCCUGGGUCUGAAGCAAAGACAGCUGGGAUAUGAGGAGUUGGAUGAGGCAGACCCGUCCUACUCCAAGCCCCAGCCUCACUGGUUCCACACGCUGCAGGUCCGCAGGCUGACGGUCCAGAGAGGACGCAGCAACAGUGACCCUAUGGGGGGAAAGAGUUUUGAUCAGGACUUCCAAUGGUCCUCACAGAAAACAGGCCUACAGUUUGGCACAGCUAACUCCUACCUGAACCUGGAGAAGAUAGGGGAGGGGACAUACGCUACAGUCUACAAGGGAAUCAGCCGGAUAAACGGGCACCUGGUGGCCUUGAAGGUGAUCCGUAUGAAGACUGAAGAAGGCGUGCCAUUCACUGCCAUCCGAGAGGCUUCACUCCUGAAAGGCCUGAAACACGCCAACAUUGUCCUGCUCCAUGACAUCAUCCACACCAAAGAGGCACUCACAUUUGUCUUUGAGUACGUACAAACAGACUUGGCUGAGUAUAUGAAGCAGCACCCAGGGGGCCUGCAUUCCUACAAUGUCAGGAUCUUCAUGUUCCAGCUGCUGCGGGGUCUGUCCUACAUCCACGGUCGGAAGAUCCUGCACCGGGACCUCAAACCCCAGAACCUGCUCAUCAGCUACCUGGGGGAGCUCAAACUGGCUGACUUCGGGCUGGCCCGGUCCAAGUCCAUCCCGUGCCAGACCUAUUCGUCUGAGGUGGUGACUCUGUGGUACCGGCCUCCUGAUGUUCUCCUGGGUUCCACUGAUUACUCCACUGCUCUGGACAUCUGGGGAGCUGGUUGCAUCUUCAUUGAGAUGCUCCAGGGGACGCCAGCCUUUCCAGGGGUGGCAGACGUCUUUGAGCAGCUGCAGAAAAUAUGGGCUGUCGUAGGGGUCCCGACUGAGGAGACGUGGCCAGGAGUGAACGAGCUGCCCAACUUCAGACCAGAAUGGUUUCAACCAUGUGAGCCCCAGCAAUUCAGGAAUGUUUGGAAAAGACUGUCCCAGUUGCCCUAUAAGACAGAGGACCUGGCCCAGCAGAUUCUGAUGACCAUCCCACGAGACCGCAUCUCGGCCCAGGAUGCACUGCAGCACCCCUAUUUCAACACGCUACCGCCCCCCAUCAUGCAGCUACGAGACACUGUAUCAGUCUUCAAGGUCCCCGGAGUGAGGCUGGAGACAGAGGUGAAGGAUAUCUUCAGUCCCAGUCGAAGGAUCAGACCGUCCCAGAUGGUGCCCUUGGCUAAGUGCUGGUGAUAAUGGACCUCUACCCCCCCUGGGCUUUGUCCCUACCCCCAGGUGCCCCAGCCCUGCUUGCAGACUAGACCACCAUCUGAUAAAGAUGGAGAGGCAUGAGGCUUCACACACACAACACUUACCUACACCACCAGCAUCCUCCACCAACCUCUACUCUUGACUCCCACCCAGCAUUCCUCAGUCAGAGUUCCCAUGUUGUAAGAAGACAGGAGAGAAGAGGGAGGGGUUGAAUGUUACCUGGUAUAUCACAUAUUAGAUGACGUCAGAAGUACUGUAUGUACUGUAUAUACUCUAUAUCUGAGACCCGAUGUCUGUUGUUGGUGGCAACGGAAAGCUACGCAACGUCUACGAGAACUGUCAGGAAGCUCAGAACUCCUUAACAUCUUCCUCCUGCUAAACCACCUCCUCCUGCUUCCUUCUCUUGCUUCCUCCUCCUGCUUCCUCCUCCUCCUCGGCUGGUUUACCUCUUCCUCCUCUUCCUCCUCCUCCCUCUCCUUCUCAGAGCGUCUCCUUGGACUCACUAUGCUCUCUCUGCCUCCUCCUAAAUGUACACUGAGAUUCAAUGAUGACGAUGGGUUAGUUUUGCAGAUGAGUAUUUUAUUUUGUACUGCCAAAACAUGCAUAUAUUAUAUACCUCUUAUGUUAAAUCAGGUCCUUGUGGACCAUGAUUGUUUUUUUGCACAGCAUGCAGGUGGGUAUCCCUGCAACAGAAUGACUGUGACGGUUGUGUGUACACUGUAAUUAAUGUUGCAUUGUACCAUGGAGCUUCCUCAUUAACACCCCAUAUAGCGUAUUUUUCAUUCGGCAAUCUUGUGAUGUCCACUCUUCAAUUGUACUAUACUUGGGUGCAGCUUGCUUUUAAAAUGUGCGUGUGUGUUUUCGUGAGAAUGAGUGAAGGAGUGUGUGAGUCAAUAAAUGUUGCAGUAAUGGAA